UCUGUAAAAAGAGUGACUGAAUCGGGAACCAACAAACCCUGAACUUAACCCUGAGUUGCUAAAAACAAGAUGGCGACUUCACUCGUAAAGCAUGCGAAGUUGUUUUGUAGAUUGCAUACAGAAAUAUAUUCAUCAAAUGUAAUCUUUGAAUCUAUUAAACCUCUAAGAAAGAUUUGUCAUAACUACCCAUGCCCAGUAUCUGUCAAUCAAACGCUAGCAAUCCGAAAAUUCAGCAGCCAUGCUAAGCUAGAACAUGGUGAAGAACCAGUCCUGAGGCCAUCGUGGAAGUUAAUGGGAGCUGUCUGUCUUGAGCGGCCGCCUAUAGUUGCCACAGAGAUGAAUGCUAUUGAACAAAACUACAAAGAUAUGGUACAGUCACUUGAGUUUGAGAAUAGUGUAUUAUCCGAUCAUGAAAUUCAAUUGAAAUCAGAGAGACAGAAGAUGGAACAGAAACAAAGAGGCGAGAUUGAUGAAGAUGAGGAUUCUGGUAAUUUACUGACUGCUCAGGAUAUUGAAGAUUUGGCUGCAGAAGAACUAAAUAAAUUCACGACGGCAAAUAUCACAACAGAGGCAGAUAAAAUAGGGGACAAGAGUACUUCACAUCGCAAGUUAAGUGAAAAUUUAAUUCUGUUGAUAAGAAAGGAUGUUGGGAAGCAGAAGGUGUGGAUGUUGCCACAUAUGGAGCAUGUAGAAGGGGAAUCGUUACGCCAGACUGCAGAAAGAGCAGCGUUACAGGUUGGAUCUGGUGCUAAAGUCACGUUUUUUGGCAACGCGCCCAUCGGCUUCUACAAGUAUAAAUUUCCAAAAGAAGUGAAAGUUCAAACAGGUGCAAUAGGUGCAAAGGUGUUUUUCUUCAGAGCCAAAGUCCUGCAAGGGCAGGUGAGCAUACACAAGGAAGCAGUAGAUGAGCAUGUGUGGGUCAGUAAAGAGGAGAUGAAGGACUAUCUAGUACCGGCCUACCUAGAAUCUCUCCUUAAAUUUAUUAGGACUUUGUUAGCUGCAAUGCAUUACAAUGAGAACUGUGGAAGAAUGGUCAAUCUAUGGUAAGUAAUUUCUUUGCAACAAAAUACACAUAAUAAUUGUAUAUAUUUCUGUUUCCUUUAAUGAUUGUUACUUUUGUUUUACUUUGUAUAAUUUGUAUUUAAGUCAAAACGAUCUUGUGAAAAACACAUUUUAUGCGACAAGUUUUUCCGUUUGUAAAUAAAGUUAUUAUUACAGUAUAUUGUAUUGUACUUUAAAAUAAAAUAACACAGCAAUGCGCUAAAUUUGAACGUGUCUCUUUAUUAAAACAAUAAAACAUUUAAUAUUUCGCAGACUUUGUGGACACUUUUGGAUCUAGUGAUAAGUUGCUGUAGUAUUGAUGUGUGCAACCAUACACAGAUGCCUCACCAUAUCUUUGUAGCAGUUAUGAACGACAGGAUAAAACAGAGGAUAUUUUUGCUGAAUAACUGCCUAACUUAUGAUAAACUUGGAUACUUGAACCCUGUGUAUUUAUUAACUUAAAUUUUCUUAUUUGAACAGCAGCACAUGAAGGGAUAAACAUAUGAUCAGUCUUGCCGAUAUAUCCGUGCAUCUACUUUACAAAGUUUAUGUAGGUGGUGUUUCCGAAUU